AUGUCUCUCAAGUACCUCCUGACCGCGCUGGCCGCUUCCCAGCUGGCUUUCGCCGAUGACAGCUGUGGUGACACCACCAUUGAGAACCAGAGCGAUGCCGACGGCAUCAACUCUUGCACCACUCUCAAGGGUGAUCUUACCAUCAAGAAGACCUACAGCGGUGAUCUCUCCCUCAGCGGUAUCGAGGAGAUCACCGGUGGCAUCAUCUCCAGCGGUGCCGCCAACGUCAGCUCUAUCACUGCUCCUACCCUUACCUCCAUCGGUAACAAGUUCGACCUCGAGGGUCUCACCACCCUGACCCUGCUCAGCUUCCCCAAGCUUACCUCCGUCGGCUCCAUCAACUGGGAGGCUCUCCCCAAGCUCCAGUCCCUGAACUUCGACACUGGUGUUACCAAGGCCGGCGAUGUCAGCAUCUCCAACACUGGUCUGACCGACCUGAACGGUAUCCAACUGAAGACCGUCGGUACCUUCAGCAUCCAGAACAACCGUGACCUGAAGACUAUCAACAUCAACAACCUGCAGAACGCUACCGACCUCAUCAGCUUCUCGGGUAACUACGACACCCUCGAGAUUGACCUUCCCAACCUCGGCACCGGUACCAACAUGACCUUCCAGAACAUCUCCUCUGUGUCUGUUCCUUCUCUUGAGAAGCUCACCGGUCAGCUCGGCUUCUGGGGUACCAAGUUCGAGACCUUCUCCGCCCCCAACCUGACCCAGACUGGUGACCUCGUCUUCAAGGACAACUCCAAGCUGUCCAACAUCAGCAUGCCCAACUUGAAGACCGUCAACGGUGGAUUCACCAUUGCCCGUGAUGACAAGCUGUCCACCAUCUCUCUUUCCAGCCUCGAGACCGUCAAGGGUGCUAUUGACUUCUCCGGUACCUUCGACAAGAUUUCUCUUGGCAAGCUCAAGGACGUCGAGGGCAGCUUCAACAUGCAGAGCACCCACGGCAACUUCAGCUGUGACAGCUUCAAGCAGCUCAAGUCCGAGGAUGUCAUCAAGGGCAGCUUCAAGUGCGAGGCUGACACUAAGUCCCCCACCACUGCCAACGGCAAGUCCGGCACCUCCAGCUCCAGCUCUAGCAGCUCUUCCAGCACUAGCUCCGGUGCUGCCUUCAUGACCGGCGCCAACGUCCCCGUCGUGGGUCUCGCCGCCAUCUUCGGUGCUCUUGCUCAGCUCCUGUAA